AUGUCACGGGUAUUGCUGUUGACUUCACUAGUGAAAGAUUUCAAUGCUAUUUUCAAGGGUAGAUGCUGCUGUUAUUCCAAAGACCCGCUGGAUCAGGUUGAGUCUUGGGGAGAGUCAGUGGACAGACUUCUGGAAUGCAAAUCUGGUCAGACAGCCUUCAGGGAGUUUCUGAAGACAGAGUUCAGUGAGGAGAACAUCCUGUUCUGGCUGGCCUGUGAGGAGUAUAAGAAAAUAAAAUCAACAGACGAGAUGGUUGCCACAGCAAACAGAAUCUAUGCAGAGUUUGUUGAAGUCGAGUCCCCUAAACAGAUUAAUAUUGAUUGUGGAACACGAGAGACCAUCACAAAAAACAUUUCCCAACCAAACCUUGAAUCAUUCGACAAGGCACAGCGAUUAAUAUAUGGCUUGAUGGCAAGGGACUGCUACCCACGUUUUUUGAAAUCUGACAUCUACCAGGCACUUUUGAGAAGAUCACAAAAAAGAUGA